CCCGGACGUUGGCCCACAGCCCCGCUUUCUCCGGCCAUGAGCCGUGUGGUGCGGACCGAGCCGCUGCGCGGGGAGCCCCCCGUGCGGCUGCCUGGCGACCCCUUCUCCGUGGUGGUUCUACUUCGGGGCUACGCGGAGCCCGAGGGGGUGGGCGGCGCCGUGCGCGCCGACGGCUCCGUGACCCUCAUCCUGCCCCGCGCCUCCCGCCACCGAGAGCCCCCGUCCGAGGGCGGCGAGGCGAAGACCGCCCUGGAGGACGCAGCCCGGGGUCCCAUCCUCGUGGACACCGGGGGCCCCUGGGCUCGGGAGAGGCUCCUGGAGGCCCUGGCGGGGCAGGGCGUGGCCCCCGCAGACGUGACUCUGGUGGUGGGGACCCACGGACACUCGGAUCACAUCGGGAACCUGGGGCUGUUUCCAAGGGCCGCUCUGUUGGUCUCGCACGACUUCUGCCUCCCCGGGGGCUGCUUCCUUCCCCACGGGCUCGGGGAGGAGCGGCCCCUGCGGCUGGGGCCGGGGCUCGAGGUGUGGGCCACGCCCGGCCACGGGGGCCAGCGGGACGUGAGCGUGGUGGUGGCGGGCACGGCCCUGGGCACCGUGGCCGUGGUGGGCGACGUGUUCGAACGCGACGGGGACGAGGGCUUCUGGCAGGCCCUGAGCGAAGACCCGGUGGCUCAGGAGCGGAGCCGGAGGAGGGUCCUGGGCACAGCCGACGUGGUGGUGCCUGGCCACGGCGCCCCCUUCCUGGUGGUCAGGGAGGCCUGGAGUCCAGAGGCAGAGGGCCCCGAGGCCCGAGACCAGGAGGAGCCCCCGGAGACGGAGACGCCGGACGCCCGUGAGGGCGGCCCUCCCACCCCAUCCCCCAGCCUGGGAACUGAAGUCUAGGUUGGGAGAGGACCAGUCAGCCGGAGUCGGAGGGGCCAGCUGGUCACUCCCGGCGAGGACAGAGCGCUUCUGCCACUGCUGUCACCAAUAUCACCAUUUUUGCAACCGAACUCGGACCAAGGACGGACCAGCUGUGUGCCACCUCUGAGGGUUUCACUAACAAAACGGGAGACGAUUGGGAGAGUUGUCCCAAAUAAAAAUUGGAAACUACGUUGAAAACCAUAGUGCCUUAAUGUAAAUAAAAAUUGGAAACUACACUGAAAA